CCACAAAUAAAAAAAUCCCAUUUCUCCGCCGAAUACAAACCCUAGAAAUUCAUCGGCGGCUUCUCCCAAACCUUCAGAUUCGUCAAUGGCGGACACUCUGGUCCUCAAGGGCAUCAUGGAAGGCCAUUCCGACAUGGUCACCGCCAUCGCCGCCCCGAUUGAUAACUCCGACAUGAUCGUUUCCUCAUCUCGUGACAAAUCCAUCCUCGUCUGGCACCUCUCUAAGAAUUCUCAAGCCUCAGGCGAAGAACCUAUGGCUCACUAUGGCGUCCCGCGCCGCCGCCUCACUGGACAUUCCCACUUCGUUGAGGACGUCGUCCUCUCCUCCGACGGCCAAUUCGCUCUCUCUGGCUCGUGGGACGGCGAGCUCCGCCUCUGGGACCUCGCCACUGGCGUCACCACCCGCCGCUUCGUUGGCCACACCAAGGAUGUGCUUUCUGUCGCCUUCUCCAUAGACAACCGCCAGAUCGUGUCCGCUUCUCGCGAUCGCACCAUCAAGCUCUGGAACACUCUCGGUGAGUGCAAGUACACCAUCCAGGACGCCGAUAGCCAUACUGGAUGGGUCUCGUGUGUGCGCUUUAGCCCUAACACCUUCCAGCCGAGCAUCGUCUCCGGAUCCUGGGAUCGCACUAUCAAGGUCUGGAACCUCACCAAUUGCAAGCUGAAGAGUACCCUCGCCGGCCAUGCGGGCUAUGUGAACGCUGUUGCUGUUAGCCCGGAUGGCUCCCUCUGUGCAAGCGGUGGGAAGGAUGGCGUGACCUUGCUAUGGGAUCUGGCUGAGGGGAAGAGACUCUACUCGCUUGACGCUGGAGCCAUUAUUCAUUCCCUCUGCUUCAGCCCUAACAGGUACUGGCUAUGUGCUGCCACUCAGGAUUGCGUUAAAAUCUGGGACCUCGAGAGCAAGUCCAUCGUGCAGGAUCUCAAGCCUGAGGUUACUACUGGCAAGAGCAAGUUACUGUACUGCACGAGUUUGAGCUGGAGCUCUGAUGGGAGCACAUUGUUCACUGGCUUCACCGACGGUAUCAUUAGGGUUUAUGGAAUUUCUCGUGGGUACUAGACAUUGCAAACAAAACUUGGUUUUUUUCAAAUUUGCAAUUUUGGUUUGAACCUUCCUGGUCUUUUUUCAACAUGAACUAGUCGCAUUUAUUUGUUCUAUCAUAAACCUGAAAUAGGGCAAAUGGUCUGGUCAGAAAGAGUUUUGUUAUUUAAACAGUUAUUCUGCUUAAAUUUUAGCCUCCUAUUAUAUUUAGUUGAUGC